AGGGGACAGGCGAUCGCACCCGGGACCGCUCCCGAUCCCGGUUCCAGCCCCGCCCCGGCCCGGCCCUCACCCAGCUCCACGAAAUGCGCGUCCGAGAAGGCCCCGGCGGGGUCGGCGCCGCCCAGCAGCAGGACGCGGCCGGGCAGAAGGAGGCAGCCGAGUCCUACGCGGCCGCGGGGCCGCUCCCCGCGCGGGCUCAGCCGGUACCUGCGGGGCGAGGGCGGCGCUCAGCGCGGGUCCCGCCGCUCCCCCCGCCCCACUCAUCGCUGUCCGCCCACCACCCCCGCCCCGCUCGCCGCCGUGCCGCCGCUGCCCCCGUCCUGCUCACCACUGUCCCGGGCGCGGCCGCUGUCCCGGCUGCAGCAGCGGCAGCGCCCGCGGCGCCAUCGCGGCCCCGCUGCCCGGCCCGGCCCGGCCGGAAGUGCCGCCGGAAGUGCCCUGCGCUUCCGCCCGCGCCGGCGGCGCGCUCCGCCGCCCGGAAGUGGCGGGGGGGCCGCUUCUGCCGAUCCCGUGCCAAGAUGGCGCCGCUGGACCUGGACAAGUACGUGGAGAUCGCGCGGCUCUGCAAGUACCUGCCUGAGAACGACCUCAAGCGCCUCUGUGACUAUGUCUGUGACCUGUUGUUGGAGGAGUCCAACGUCCAGCCCGUCUCUACGCCCGUCACCGUCUGCGGGGACAUCCACGGGCAGUUCUAUGACCUGUGCGAGCUGUUCCGGACCGGCGGGCAGGUCCCCGACACCAACUACAUCUUCAUGGGGGACUUUGUAGACCGAGGGUAUUACAGCCUCGAGACGUUCACGUACCUCCUUGCACUAAAAGCCAAGUGGCCUGACCGUAUCACGCUGCUGCGAGGCAACCACGAGAGCAGACAGAUCACCCAGGUGUACGGGUUCUACGACGAGUGCCAAACCAAAUACGGGAACGCCAAUGCCUGGAGAUACUGUACCAAAGUCUUCGACAUGCUCACAAUAGCAGCUUUAAUAGACGAGCAGAUCCUGUGUGUGCACGGGGGCCUCUCCCCAGACAUCAAGACCCUCGACCAGAUCCGGACCAUUGAACGGAACCAGGAAAUCCCUCACAAAGGCGCCUUCUGUGACCUGGUAUGGUCGGACCCGGAGGACGUGGACACGUGGGCCAUCAGCCCUCGUGGGGCAGGCUGGCUCUUUGGGGCCAAGGUCACCAAUGAGUUUGUUCACAUCAACAACCUGAAGCUGAUCUGCAGAGCACACCAGCUCGUCCAUGAAGGAUACAAAUUCAUGUUUGAUGAGAAGCUGGUAACGGUAUGGUCAGCUCCCAACUACUGCUACCGCUGCGGGAACAUCGCCUCCAUCAUGGUCUUUAAAGAUGUAAAUACAAGAGAACCAAAGUUAUUCCGCGCAGUUCCAGACUCAGAGCGUGUCAUUCCCCCCAGGACAACCACGCCGUAUUUCCUCUGAGCCCCUGCCCGCCUGCUGUCACCUCUCCCUGUCCUGCCCCUUUACAAUAUACUUUUUAUUGAGCACUUUGCUGCUGAAAUGCUGCCUCUUGCCUUUUUUAUUUUUAAAUUAUCUAAAUUUAUUGUGUAUUAUGGUGUCUGUAGCAAUUUUUUCCCCCCUCCCCUAGAUUAAUUUCAGAGUAUUUGUAAUAUGUCCUUGAGAUUUGUACUACUGCAUGUAGUCCUCGCCUAGUCCUGGGUUAAGAUGAACCAAUUCCUUUAACCACCGCGCUCCGGGAGCCACUUGGGCCCGUCUCUCGUUCAGCUUUUUGUUUUUGGUAAGUUUUAAGAAAUUUCAGCAGCAAAGUCAGUGCCCGGUGUGCGGCGGGGCCGGGGCUGCCCGUGCUGCCAGCCUUUUCCGAGUGUUACGUGGAUCCCAAUAAAGCGGUCGAAGGGCUGUUCCCCGUUCCCGGUUUGUUCCGUUUUCCUCGGGAUCCCGAUGAAACUCGCGCACCUGCUGCAGCGACGGGAUUUGUACAUUAAAGUCAUUGUUCGGAUUUUU